AUGGCCCCCGCCGAUACCCAGAACUCGUGGCUUGCGCGCCACUACUUCGACUACGUCUACAUCCCCGGCGCCCUGCUUGUCCUCGGCACUCUCAUCGUCAAGCGCGAUUGGGCCAUCUACUCGGCCCUCGUGGCCCUGAGCCUGGGAGCCUACAACAUUUGGAACUUUCAGAUCAAAAAGGUGCUCAAGCCAGAUGUCUUUCAGCAGUUCGAGCUCCAGGAGAAGACCGUCAUCUCCCACAAUGUCGCCAUCUAUCGCUUCAAACUCGCGUCGCCGCACUCCAUCCUCGGCCUCCCCAUCGGCCAGCACAUCUCCAUUGGCGCUCCUCUCGUCCAGCCCGAUGGCUCUACCAAGGAGAUAGUCCGUUCCUACACGCCCAUCUCGGGCGACCAUCAGCCCGGCUAUUUCGACCUCCUCAUCAAGUCCUACCCCCAGGGCAACAUCUCCAAAUACAUGGCCUCCAUCAUCGUCGGCCAGACGAUUCGCAUCCGCGGCCCCAAGGGCGCCUUUGUCUACACGCCCAACAUGGUUCGCCACUUCGGCAUGAUUGCCGGCGGCACCGGCAUCACCCCGAUGCUGCAGAUCAUCCGUGCCAUUGUCCGCGGCCGCCCCGACGGAGACGAAACCCAGGUCGACCUCAUCUUCGCCAAUGUCACGGCCCAGGAUAUCCUGCUCAAGGAGGACUUGGAUAUCCUGGUCAAGCAGGACAGCGGUAUCCGAGUGCACUACGUCCUGGACAAUCCUCCCGAGGGCUGGACUGGCGGAAUUGGCUACGUCACCGCCGACAUGAUUACCAAAUGGCUGCCCAAGCCCGCCGACGAUGCCAAGAUCCUUCUUUGUGGCCCUCCCCCAAUGGUUAGCGGCCUCAAGAAGACCACAGAGAGCCUGGGCUUCAAGAAGGCUCGUCCCGUCAGCAAGCUCGAGGACCAGGUCUUUGCCUUUUAG